AUGUCAAGCAACUACCCCUCUCUUUUCCGAUCGGAGGAGAUGUCCCUCGUCCAGCUAUAUAUACCCUCUGAAGUAGCACACGAUACAAUCUCAGAGCUAGCUGAAAUGGGAGACUUUCAAUUCAAAGACCUCAACCCAUCUUUGACCUCAUUUCAAAGACCUUUCACCCCUCGUCUCAGGAGAUUAGCAGAGAUGGCCCGAAGACUUCGAUUGUUCCGAUCUCAAAUCACUGGUCUAUCACCUACUUUGGGUAUCCCUCCUCUUGCCGCUGUACCUCCCUUCACGACUGUCGGACCACGCGCGCAGAACGCGUACGACGAGUUGGAAGAGAAAUUAAAGGAACAUGAAAGGAGAUUAACCGAUAUGAAUAAAUCAUGGGAAGAUUUGGGUAAGAGAAAAUCAGAGCUAGAAGAGAAACGAUGGGUAUUGAGAGAAACUGCUGGUUUCUUUAACGAAGCCGAACACCGUCACACUGAGAUCCGAACUUCGUUCGACGAAGGCGAUAAUGCCCCUUUGCUCGAACAUGCUGCUGAGUAUGGCAAUCUACCCGGGGAAACCGGUCUUUCAGGCUUCGAUCUCGAGUUCGUGUCUGGUACGAUCGAAAGAACGAGAAUGCCCACUUUCGAAAGAAUCUUGUGGAGAGUGCUAAGAGGUAACCUCUAUAUGAACUAUUCUGAAAUCGAAGAACCUUUUGUCGAUCCUACCUCUGGCAAAGAAACCCAUAAAGAUGUCUUCAUCAUCUUCGCUCACGGUGAAGAGCUUCUCGCUAAAAUCCGAAAGGUCGCCGAAUCAAUGGGUGGUACACUAUACAAUAUCGACUCAUCUCAAGAUAAACGAGCGGAUGCUUUGAGAGAGGUCUCAGCCAGAUUGGAAGAUGUCGAUACUGUUCUUUACAACAUGGGUCAAACCAGAAGAGUCGAACUUAGUAAAAUCGCUGAGCAGCUAGAAGCUUGGACAGAUGCUGUCAGGCGAGAAGAAGAGAUCUUCAAGACGCUUAAUUUACUCAGCUACGACCAAGGCAGAAAGACUCUUGUAGCUGAAGGUUGGUGCCCUUCGAGAGAUAUCACUGCAAUCCAACUGGGUCUACGGAGAGCGAUGGAUACAGCCGGAACCUCCGUUCCUGCUAUUUUGUCUGAAUUGAGAACACAUCAGACGCCACCAACUUUCCACCGAACCAACAAGUUCACCGAAGGUUUCCAAACUCUCAUCGACUCUUAUGGUAUUGCCACCUACCAAGAAGUCAAUCCCGGUUUAUUCGCAGUGAUCACCUUCCCUUUCUUAUUCGCUGUCAUGUUUGGUGAUAUCGGUCAUGGUAUUCUCAUGUUCCUCACGGCUGCUGCUAUGAUCUUCUGGGAGAAGCAAAUCGCUAAAGGAGGUGUCAAUGAGAACCUCGAGACCUUCUUCUUUGGACGAUACCUCAUUGUUCUCAUGGGAGCCUUCUCCAUCUACACCGGUUUUAUGUACAACGAUAUUUUCUCAAAAUCUCUCCAUAUCUUCAAUUCUGCUUGGGAGUGGCCACACAACGCUACGGGUUUAGUCGAAGCUAUUCCAACCGGUCACAUCUAUGCGAUGGGAAUGGAUCCUGGAUGGCAUGGUGCAGACAACGCUUUGAUCUUCAAUAACUCCUACAAGAUGAAGUUAUCUAUCAUCUUAGGUGUUAUACAUAUGACCUUUGCCAUUUGUCUUCAAGUACCCAACCAUCUUCAUUUCAAGAAGUACCUCAAUAUCUACGCCGAAUUUAUCCCUCAAAUGCUUUUCUUCCACAGUAUCUUCGGUUAUCUGGUCAUCUGUAUCAUCUACAAGUGGUCGAUCGACUGGUCGCAAGCUUCGUCUGCCCCACCUGGAUUAUUGAACAUGUUGAUCUACAUGUUUUUAUCGCCUGGUACGAUCGAACCUGGAACUCAGCUCUUUGCAGGGCAAGCAUUCAUUCAAGUCGUCUUGCUUCUCAUUGCCUUAGUUUGUGUACCUUGGAUGUUGGCCUUGAAACCUUACAUGCUUUGGAAAGAACAUAACAGAAUCAAGGGUCAAGGUUACCAUGGAUUGACUGGACAAGAGAAUGGAGGUGAAAGACAUUCUACCGAACAUCUUGAUGAAGAAGAGGAAGAAGUCGGUAUGGCUGUUGCUGAAUCUUCAGAUGAGGAUCAUCCGUUCGACAUGGGAGAUAUCAUUGUUCAUCAAGUCAUUCACACCAUUGAGUUCUGUUUGGGAUGUAUCUCAAACACUGCUUCAUAUCUCCGUCUAUGGGCCCUUUCACUUGCUCACGCUCAAUUGUCGGAAGUGUUGUGGUCGAUGACCCUUGAUCUGGCAUUGGAGUAUGAAGGUGGUGCCAUUGGUGGUGGUGUCUUCGUCUUCUUCAUGUUCGCUGUGUGGUUUGCUGGUACUGUCGCCAUCCUCUGUGUUAUGGAGGGUCUAUCUGCUUUCUUACACGCCCUCCGUCUUCAUUGGGUCGAAGCUAACGGCAAACAUUAUAUGGCCGGUGGAUAUCCUUUCACUCCGCUUACCUUCGCCAACCUCGGUGCCGAAGAAGAACAAUAA